AUGGGUGUGAAAUGGAAGGAAAUGCAAGUAAUCCGCUGUCAUUUUAAGCGAGACAAGGCCGUGAUAGUCAUGUGGAAAGGAGGCGAGCUGGCGCAGUGCUUCUCAAACGCGUGGACACGCAAUGGCUCGGUGGGGGCUAACGUUGUUGGUGGUAGGCGGCGGAAGCUGGAGAGUCCGGGAUUCAGCGCUACUGCUCGCGAUCCACGCGGUUUUGCUGUGAAAUUCUACACUGAGGAGGGAAACUGGGACUUGGUGAUGUUCUUGAUGUCAGAUCGAGGAACUCCCGAUGGCUUCCGCUUUAUGAACGGCUAUGGCUCCCAUACCUUCAAACUAGUCAAUGCGGAAGGAGACCCGGUUUAUUGUAAAUUCCACUUCAAGGCGGGAUUUGAUCCUUCGAAUGAACUCGCUUCGAAUAAGAGGUACUUUUACUACAGCUCAUUUUUGACCGCACAGCCCCUGGCUAGAAGGCGAAAGAGAUUAGGAAUCUCUUCUGCUGCCGACGCUGCUCGUCUUGCUGGUGAAGAUCCUGAUUAUGCUAUUCGCGAUCUGUACAACGCAAUCGAAAAAGGAGAUUUUCCUCAGUGGAACCUCCACAUUCAGGUAGAGCAGGCAGCCUUCUGUCCAGCCCAUGUGGUUCCUGGAGUCGAAUUCUCCCCAGACAAGAUGCUCCAGGGUCGACUUUUCUCCUACACCGAUACACAUUUCCAUCGUUUGGGACCGAACUAUAUCCAAUUGCCCAUCAAUUGUCCGUACAGGUCUCGAGCCUAUAACACCCAGAGGGACGGUGCUGCUUGCUACGAUAAUCAGGGUGAGUUUGAUGCUUUAAUUCGGCAGAUUUGUACAAAGCCUCACCUGUCAGAGCUAUUCUGCUUCUUCUGA